GAGGAUUGGUAAUCUUGCCUCAGAUGAAUGUAUCUGGUGAAGAAAGUACCGGACAUGUCGAUUAUGCGAUCAAGAAAAUACUGGAUGAUUUGUUCGAGGAAACAAUAUACAUAACUGAAGGAAAGCAAAACCAGCCAGAUAUGUUCAAGAAAAAACGUAAGGCUGAAGAGGUAUUCGAGUCUGAGUAUGAAUAUGUAUAUGGUAUCGUUACAACAGCUAUGGACUGGUAUUUCAUUCUAGAUAGCACCGAGGCUAUCUAUUGCACGAGUAAGACCGAAUACCAAAUCUCACUUACUGAAGAUGCCCUUGAUGAUGAUACAGACUUGUGCAAGAAUGUGAAGAGAAUUUUAGAGGUGAUAGUGGGCUUAUUAAAAGAUAGGGUAUCUGUCAGCAAUGAACCAUCAUCUAAGAGGCAUUGUGUGCAAGAAAAAAUCAAGAAAAAAUAG